AAAAUCAAAUUUACCGCCAAGUGGGGAAAUAUGUAAACAAAGGCGCUGCAGGCGUCGACGAACAGCUGAUGGAAGACCGAAGACGCCCGCCAUUCGAUUUGCGAGCGCUAUGGCGGACAAUGAAUGACGGAUGGUCGGUACGUUGCGCGGGACGUUUGUUGUCAUGAGUUUGUGCAUGUAAAUAACAAUUAUUAAGUGGUAGCGAAAAUGUAUCUUCCCGAGGACGAGGAUAUCUCGUGUAAUGACUUCGAGAGUAUGAUACUCAACCCUGAUGAAAUGAAGUUAUACUUGAAAAAGCUGAAGGACAGCUGCGCCAAUUUUGACGCCAAGAUUGAAAGCAAUAUUUUGCAGUCGAUUUCAAAAAGUUCAGAGUGCGCAAAGCAGGUGGAGAAAAAUUAUGAAACAAUAUUACAACUGUCAAAUCAAAAGAAGGAACUGAAAGCUGCUAUAGAAAACUUGAAACUCGAACAGAAAGUUAUCGAGAAGAAAGCUAUUAACAGAAUGAAAGAAAUAGAGAAAACAAAGACUGAUAUUGAAAGUAUCAAGGAGAGGAAAGAGAAAUUGAUGCUCGAAAUAAUAGAUUUGAAACAGGAAUCAGAAAAGUCAAAUGAACACAUGAAAAAACAAUGGGAUGCAGUAAAGAAAGCAUGUAGAAUGUACAAAAAUGUAUUGGAUAUUCACAUUGACACUGAGAUGAUUGACCACAUAGAGCAUGUAACGGUAACAUUCUUCUGGUCUGAAAAUCCAACGAACCACAAGUAUUUCAUUGUACUGACAUAUCAAGACAAUUGCUGGAAAGUUAAAAAAAUUGAACCAGAAUUAAGCAUGGAGAACAAAUAUCAACUGAAUCGUGUGGUUCAGUUUUCAAAACAAUCAGAGGUAGCAAAUGUUACUUUACUACUGUGUGAACUGAGGAAACUCUUUUUGAAGAACUACUUUGAAAAGUAAUGUAAGCCUUUAUUUAUUAAAAUUAGAUUACUUGAAAACAAUCAAUGGAUACAUAGAAUUUACUCUAUAUUAUUAAAAUAUAAUAAAUUUCCAACUUUGAACGAUUUUAUUAAAAUAUUGUGUGUACUUUUUUUCAUUAAAAUAGAAUUUUCAGAAAAAUUGCAACUAUCGUUCGCCGCUGAUAUUAUUCUUCUUUUGUCGUAUUAACUUUAUAAACAGUUGUGGAUCCAACAGCUGAAUUUUUAAUCACAGCAUACAGGUAAAUUACUUAGCCACUAGAAGUAUUCAUACACAUAUAAUUUUUCUACAAUUUUUUUUUAAUUUUACAAGUACGGGUAUCCAUGUAAACAUUUAGUUUAGAUAUCAAGACUUUAAAUUAGGUUUAGUGUUACAAUCCUAGUAUGCACGCAAACAUACAAUCAUAUAAAAAUUAAAACAUUAAUUAAUUAUUGUUAAAUUUAAUUAAAAAUUUUUUUAAAAAUUUUUAAUUAAAAAUAUUUGUUACUGUGAAAGUAAUGUAGCGAUAAAUUAACAAAUCGACUGUGUUGUUAACAUCUGAAAA